AGUCACGUGCUUGUUAAUCUAUUGUCUGCUUAUGUCAAAAGAAUAGUGUGCAGUCGUUGAAGUUGUACUGAAAUUUGCUGGGAUUUUAACAGUACUGUGUUACGAGCAAGCAAGUUAAACAGGGAUUGAACAGCUGAUGCCUCGUCGUGACCGGCGAAAUGUCAAAGUCUAGGCAAAUUACUUUACGUGUGCAAUCUUCAGAGGGGACAAAGCGUAUAGAUGUGAAUUUUUCUGAUACGAUUUCUCAAUUGUAUGAAAAGGUUUCUAAAGCCUUUGAACUGAAUACUAUUGAAUUUGGACUCUAUAGGGAACGAAAUCAUAAAAAUGAACUUCCGUUUUCUCAUAGCAAAACAGUUUCAGGAAUACAUCUUUCUCAUGGAGAUAUGUUAUAUUUGUCUCUUCAGAGUGGUACACAAUUAUGGAGCACUCCCUCAACUAGUAGUGCUGCUAUUGAUAUUUCUCAAGAACCAAAAUCAAUGGAUGAGACAGAAACUAUCAACCAUACUAUUAAUUCUUCUCGAUCCGUACCAAAUACAUUUGAAGAUGUUGAUGAACAAUUAUGGAAAUUUGAUGGUAAAAUACAAAGAAAACGUGAUGAAAAACUAUGCAGACAUGGUGCAAACGGAUGCUGUGUUCAUUGUACUCCUUUAGAACCUUUUGAUGAAGUUUAUCUUAAGGAACAAAAUAUAAAACAUUUAUCUUUUCAUUCAUAUCUCAGGAAACUUACUGCUGGUGUUGAUAGAGGGAAGUUUAUACAAUUAGAUGACAUAAACUGCCUUAUAAAGACUGGUUGUAAAGAUCAUCCACCUUGGCCACGAGGUAUAUGUAGCAAAUGCCAACCAAGUUCCAUUACUCUAAAUCGCCAAACUUAUCGUCAUGUGGACAAUGUCAUGUUUGAAAAUCCAAGUUUAGUCGAACGCUUCCUUAAUUAUUGGCGUAGCACCGGUCAUCAACGUGUUGGAUUUUUAUAUGGAAGAUACGAAAUACAUACAGAUGUACCAUUAGGAAUUAGAGCUGUUGUUGCAGCUAUUUAUGAGCCACCCCAGGUAAUUUAAUAAAAUAAAUUUACGUUGUUAUAGUCUAUAAUGUUGUCAUAUUCAUUUUAGGAAAGUACAAAGAAUUCCAUACGACUUUUACCAGAUGAAAGAGAAGGGAUAGUCAAUGAACUGGCUCAUUUACUUAACUUAAAAAGAGUUGGAUGGAUUUUUACUGAUCUUAUAGCUGAUGAUAUCAAGAAAGGAACGGUAAAACACGUUCGAAAUAUAGAAAGUCACUUUUUAUCUGCUCAAGAGUGUAUUAUGGCUGGGUAUUUUCAGAACAAAUAUCCAAAUCCCUGUCGUUUCUCUCCUAAUAAUUAUUUUGGUUCAAAGUUCGUUACUGUUUGUGUCACCGGUGAUGAGAAAAAUCAAAUUCAUAUGGAAGGUUAUCAAGUAUCUAAUCAGUGCAUGGCAUUGGUACGGGAUGGCUGCUUGGUUCCAACAAAAGAUGCUCCAGAAUUGGGCUAUGUAAUUGAAUCAACAGAUAAACAGUAUGUUCCCGAUGUCUUCUACAAGGAAAAAGAUUCUUAUGGAAAUGAAGUGUCAAGGCUAGCAAGACCUUUGCCCGUAGAAUAUUUAUUGGUAGAUGUACCUGCAUCCACGCCACUUACUCCACAGUUUACUUUUUAUGUUAGCGAUAAUAUUACUCCAUUUCCAAUUGAAAAUAGACUCAUCGAUGGACAAAUUCAAGAAUUUAGCUCACUUUGUUCUUACAUGCAGCAGUUUACGAAAGAACAAUUUCUAGAAGCAGUUUUAGAUUUUCACUUGUUAAUUUUUAUUGCAACAAUGGAUAUGUUCCCAAUGAAGGAUCAUAUGACAUCGCUAUUAGAAGCAAUUCGUAACAAAGAUAAAGCAAAAGCAAUAGAGUGGUCACAUUCUGAACAAUGGGCAACAGUAGAAGAACUCUUUUCUGAAACUACAGCAUCUACAUCGCAACCAUCGUUUGAUACUAGCUCAAGAAUUUCAUCUUCUGUACUCACAGAAGGAACUGGAAUAGCAGUUGGUACAGAUCCAAUUGUAAAUUCACCGCCUGAUCAAACACUUUGGACUUGUUCAUAUUGCACUUUUCUCAAUGCAGCAGAUUUUGCAAUAUGUGAAAUGUGUGGUUUGCCAAGGAAUACGUAACAAACUGUCAUUAUUAUGUUGCUUUUGUAUGCAUUUGAGGGUGCUAUCCUUAAACUGCAAUUUUGCUUCCGCAGGUUUUGACAGAUACUGUAUUCUUGCGGAUAUAAAAAUUGUUUUCAGCGCAUACUUGGCUUUA